ACAUAAUAUCAUACAAUGGUUGUACAUGUGGAUAUCAUUAUAACCGUGUACACAUGGAUAUUAUUAUAUGGUUGUACAUCUAUUUUCACAUAUACUUAUGAGACAAAGGUUUCACACAAAAGUAAUGCCGCUUGCUAAAACAUCAUGGUACAUAUCAACACUCAAAAAUGUCUACACACCAAGUUUUUUACAUGUGUACACGCACACAUACAAGCUCUAGUAUACUGUUUACAUAUCCACACUCAAACAUGCAUGCCUACAUACUAAGUUUUCUACGUGUGUACACGCAGACGCUACUAAAUAUGUACACCAUCGCGCAGACACUAUAAUUUGAAUAUUAACAAAACAAUAAUACAACAGUCACUUUACAAUUGCAGAAACACCAAAGGAAAUUGAACUCUUUUAUGCUAAGAGACUACGAGUUAUAGAACCAACAAAAAACCAAUAACUGACUUCUUCUACCUUAGUUGAUAACAACAACUAGCAAGAGUGUUUUUGACCAAAGAAUUACAUAAGGAAGAUCCACCAAAAAAAAACGAAGACAAAACUCUGCACAUGAUAAAACUUUAGGGACAAAACAAAAAAAAGGAAGAACUUGAAGGACUAACGGUUAAAUUAUGAGAAAAUUAUCCAUUGUCGCUGAGCUCUCGAUCCAGAGAACCCGAGUGACGACGACUCUGGAUGGCAACGGCGGUGGAGCUGGGCGCGGUGGAACGACGUGGAGGUAUUGCUUGUACGGCGGAUGAGGCAGCGACUAGGAGAUCCCAUGGUGGAGAAGUUUGCCAUGGCAGAUUGGCGCAGACGUGAGUCGGCGGUGAGAAGCAGGUCACGGAGGAGGGUCAGAUAGCACGGCGAGUAGGAGCUGUGGUGUAUACAACAGGUGGAACCAAGAAUUGAAGACCAUAGAGCUUGGCGUGGAGGAGCUAUGGCGUAGACGAGAGAGGAAUCAAGUAGACGAGAUGUUAUUAUCAAACAACGUCUCCGUCGUCGUACUUUUGUUUCCGGCCGAUAACUGCGUUUACAUUCUUUGUCUUGGUAAUUGUGAUAAGAAGAUAAGAAUUUGUAGUUAAAAAAAAUGUCGUGAAAAUUAAAAAAUUUAUUAUUGUUUUGGUUUCACCAUUUUAAACAAAUUCAAAAUUCAAAUUAUUCUAACUGAAAAAAAAAAGUAAACCGAAAGUCAUCAUCUAGUUUCGCUUAGUUGAGGGCAAGAGGGUCAAUAAACACUAAAAACUACCUCCGUAGUAAUAAGUGUCUUAGAAUGUAAUAAAAAGACAUAAAGUGUCUUAGAAUGAAAAUAACUCUUAAUUUAUUUACUGUUGAACAGAAUAGAAAUUACAUUUAAAUAUUCGAUUGACUGUAUGAUUGCACGUAAGCUACUAACGUGUGUAUAUGUUGUUUAACAUACAUAUCAAUAAACUGAUGUGACCCGUAAUUGAUGUGUGUGCCAGUUUUAUUAUUAUGAUAUACUGAUCUCUUUAAUACUAGUCUCUUCAAGAACGUUGAGUCUAUUACUAUCGAAUCUUUUAAUUGUUUUGCUAACUUAGCAAAUUGAUUCAAUAUAAAAAGAAGGAAAGGUCAAAAGGUCAAGAAAGGCACCCACUCACCUGGCUUGCAUUACCUCUGACCAUCCAGGCAUCCACGGUGUUUCCUGUCUCUUUCAAAUAUAUUUAUUUCCUCUGUUAUUGGUCAAGUAGGAAUUAUUUAAUCAGCAAGUAACACAACAUUUUUAUUGUUAAUUAACAUAUAUUCGGUAAUCUUAUACGAUACAAAAACUAAAGAUCGAAAACCCUGUCAAAUGGAGAAAUAAAAUCCGACAGUUGGAUAAAACUCAAAUGAGACCAUUGUUUUUAGUUUAUUUUCAUAAUAUAUAAAAAUAGGUUUAUGAGACAAAAUAAUAUUAAUAUUUAAUUGCAACUUAACCAAAAGCUAGCAAAACAAAUUUUGGAAUUUAAAUUACACAUUAAUCUAAAAAUAAUUGUAUAAACCGAACAAAAAAACAAAGACACUAAAUUUGAUUUGUGUCAUCUUCACAUGUGUUGUAUCUGGAAAGUCAUUGUCAUCAAAGUCAAUAACGUGACACUAUUAUGAUAUCCAACUAGCCGCCACAUUAAAAAAAGACCACAAUGUUGCUAUAAAUACACACAGUGAGACCAGUACUUAUCAUCAGCACUUCACAUUCAUCUCUAAUAAUGGCUGCCUCUCCGACCAUUUUCUCCUUCCUUUUCCUUUUCUUCUUCUCACUCUCAUCUGCUCAACAAUCAUUCCGACCAAAAGCUCUCCUUCUCCCCGUCACAAAAGACAAAUCCACCAACCAAUACACAACCGUCAUCAACCAGCGCACUCCCCUCGUCGCCGCCUCCGUCGUCUUCGACCUCGGUGGUCGAAACCUCUGGGUCGACUGCGACAAAGACUACGUCUCCUCCACCUACCGCUCCCCUCGCUGCAACUCCGCCGUGUGCUCACGAACCGGCUCCACCGGCUGCGGCACGUGCUUCUCCCCUCCGAGACCUGGCUGUAGCAACAACACUUGCAGCUUAAUCCCAGAUAACACCGUCACGGGAACAGCCACCUCCGGAGAAGUUGCUACAGACGUUGUGUCGAUUCAGUCAACUAACGGCGUUAACCCGGGUCGGGUCGUUAAAAUCCCCAAUUUGAUAUUUGGAUGCGGAGCAACGUUUUUGCUCAAAGGACUUGCAACUGGAACCGUCGGUAUGGCUGGUAUGGGACGCCACAAUAGCGGUUUACCGUUGCAGUUUGCGUCCGCGUUUAGCUUCAACCGUAAAUUCGCAGUGUGUCUUACUUCGGGAAGAGGAGUUGCCUUCUUUGGUAACGGACCUUACGUUUUCCUCCCUGGAAUUCAAAUCUCGAAUCUCCAAACGACGCCGCUUCUUAUUAACCCUGUGAGCACUGCUUCUGCGUAUUCGCAAGGCGAGAAGUCUACAGAGUAUUUCAUCGGCGUCACUGACAUCAAAAUCGCCGAUAAGUCCGUUACGUUCAACAAAACGCUUCUGAAGAUCGACGGGACUACCGGAUUCGGAGGAACAAAGAUCAGCACGGUGGAUCCGUACACCGUGAUGGAGACGACGAUCUUUAACAAAUUCAGAAUGGCGUUCGUGAAAGCAGCCGCCGCGAUGAACAUCACUCGAGUACCGUCCGUGAAACCUUUCGGCGCGUGUUUCAGCACGAAGAACGUAUUCGGAACGCGGGUUGGAUACUCCGUGCCGGCUAUUCAGCUUGUGCUUCACAGCAACGACGUCGUUUGGAGGAUCAACGGAGCUAACUCGAUGGUGAGCGUUAGCCGUGAUGUCAUCUGUUUGGGUUUCGUUGACGGAGGAGUCAACGCAAGAACCUCUGUGGUGAUCGGAGGGUUACAGCUGGAAGAUAACUUGAUCGAAUUUGAUUUGGCGAGUAACCGAUUAAGCUUUAGUUCCACGUUAUUGGGGCUUCGCACUAAUUGUGCCAACUUCAACUUCACUUCCACCGCUUGAUAUGUUAUGUAAGAAGCUGAUGAAUGAUUUUAAUAACUUGAUUCGAAUAAUGGAAUGAGUGACUAUGAUAUAUUGUUGUUGUUUUUCUGUGAUUUUGUAUUGGUUCUUUUCUGCAUAUCAAUAAAAAAAACGACAAGAGAAUAAAAGUUGA